GACCAGGUGGGCCACAUGGGCGUCUCGGUGUGUGGCCCUGGUGCGCUCAGUGACGAAGUCCGUCGCGCUGUCAGAAACAAGCAAUAUAACGGUGCUAUUGAUUUUGUUGAGGAGGCAUUUUCCUGGUAAAAGUGGAGGAUUCCGUUGGAAUUUGCAUCAAGCAGAAGGCUCGAGGUUAUGAGAAAUGAACUCACAUUUAUGCUACUUUGAAGAAACUUGUUCAACCUGUCUUGUCGCACAUAUCAUGGCUGGUUGGUUACUGGGACAAGCUCUCAUUGUGCGGACAUAUCCCCAAUUCAUCAUACAUCACUGUCAUUUCCGCUCUGUGAAAUGUACAAUGAAAUUCUUGUACAUUAGACUCUUGAUUUUUUUUUUCUAUUUUUCUUUUCUUUCUCUGAGACGUUGUGUUGGUGGGCAAAAGAAUAGCAUAGCAAUCACUUGCUUGAAAUGACUUUAUUACAAGACAGCUGUACCCAGCCUUCUCAUG